GUGCUGGCGACGGCAGCGGAGUUGGCGGCAGUGGAAGACCCCGAGACAGAGCCCUACCGGUCCAAGUAUGCGGCCGCUGCUGCACUGGAAGCAUCGCGAGGCAAGGCGGAGAUGCUGCUGCGCCUCUUCCACCCGGCUGCCUCACACCACUCCGCUGCUGCCGAGUCUGCACAUGCUGCACGCGAGGACGCGGCAAUGGCGGGCGAGAUAGCGGACGCGGUGGCAGUGCUGGAGUACAAGAGUGGCGCCAUCGCGGCUGACGUGGACGAGGUCACGCGCGCCAAGGCCCUGCUCAUGACCGCACAUGCCCGCCUGCAACUUAACGAGCCCAAACACCUUCGCCCCCUCAUUGACGUGUGCAACCUGCUGGGGCUGCUAGCGAGCAACGAUGAGGACCACAAGGCGUCCCUCGCAUUCCUUGUCAGAGCACAUAAAUACUAUCAUCACUAUCUCAACAUGCAGUCGCAGGCAGCAGGGGAGGCAGCAGCAGCAGACGCAAUGGAGGAGGGGGGCAGGAGUGAGCGAAGGGGGGAGGAGGAGGCGAGGGAGGUGGAGUCCCUGCACACCAUCACCACGUUCUACCUCGCUCAGACGCUGGCGGCCAUGGGCAAGAAGCAGCGCGCUGCGGCCUUCUGCGCGGCCACGCUCACGCGGCAGCUGCGGCUGCGGCAGCAGUUCCGCGCGUGGGACUGGGCGCAGAACUGCGCGCAGCUAGCAGGGUACUACCUGGGCCGCGACCACUUCACCACCGCCCUGCACUGCCUCGCCGCUGCUGCCACCGUGCUCGCCCGCCACACGGCGGGGCAGCCCGUGCUGCCGGGGGGGAAUGGGGGGGACGUGGGGGGCGGAGGUGGGGAGGCAGGGGGGGGCGAGGAGGAGCAGGUGCGGGAGGUGGCGGCGAACAUCAACAUCGGCAUCGGGAAAGUGCACCUGCGAGUGCUGCAGCGGUCAGUGGAGCUGGACGCAGCCCAGCCUGACGCCUCCCCUGCUGCCCACGGCACCGCCACUCCCACGCCCACCCCUGCCGCUGCCACCGCCACCAGCAGUGCCAGUGCAGCCACGGGCAUCGAUGCCCCUGCUGGCACUGCCCCCACAGGCACAGGUGCUGCAGCGGGGGGCAUGGACGUGGACGGAGGGGGGCGGGAGGGGCAGCAGGAGGGCGAUGUGGACAUGGGGGAGGGCGCGGAGGAGCGCGAGGGGGAGGGCAGCGAGCGGUGGGCGGGCGAGGGCGACGUGGACAUUGCCCUGGGGCCCGACUUCUCCCUGCUGGGACUGGACCCCACAGCUGACACAUGCCCACGCAUGCUCGCCGAUGGAGGGGAUGCAGGGGGGGAGAAGGGGGAGGGGCGCGGGGUGGAGGGCGAGGGGGAUGUGGUGCGGGAGUAUUCGCACGCGGUGAUUCACUUCAACAAGGCCAUGACCGCCUUCAAGGCCGCUCUUGAGGUGUACACGAGUACAGACCGCUUCUCAGACCAUUUCGACAUCGCCAUGGACAUCAGCACGCUGCACCGGUACCUGGCGUACUAUGAGCCCAGUGCACACAGGGCAGCGCUCAUCCACCAGCGCCGUGCCACGCGCCUGCUGCCCCUCGCGCCCGCCAUCAACCCCUCCGUCUACCCCACACAGGCCGCUCAGUGUGUGCACGAGGUGGCGUCCAUUGCACUCAACGCCAUGGAGCUGGAGGCGGAUGCAGCACGGCCCCCUCCCAAGAUCAUAGAGCCGGGAAAGCAGGCAAUCCAGUACUUUGAGCGCUUCAUUGCACUCAUGCAAUCCUCCACCCCCCAGGGGUCAGAUGACGUGCGCUUUGUGUACGCGCACUUCCACAUCGCGCGCACGCACUACCGCAUCUGCACUCUGCUGCCGCCCCAAGAUGGCAAGGAUCAUCUGCAGCACAGUCUCAACUACUUCAGCAAGUUCUUGGAGCAUGCGGCGCGGGUGGGGUUACAAGAGCAGCUGCAGGCGGAGGUGGGGGUGGCCAAGGAGAUGCGUGUUUCAUCGUCGGCCUCGCAGUCUUUCCUCUCGUUUCCGUCUCAUCGCUCUCCUCUCUUUCCCCGACAUCGCCUCCGCGCCGCCCUCGUCUCGCGUCCAGUGCUCUCCGCUCUUCCAAGCAACCCCGUUCUGCGCACCCCACAGCACUCCGCUCUCCGCCACUCGCCUCCGCUAGCCCCGCGUGCUCAUUCCCCGCGCGCUUUUCCGCGUCGUUCGCCCCCGCUUCCAGGCAUGACUGCCGCCGCCCUCUGCCCCUGUUGCGCUGCCGUGGCAGUCGAGGCCGCAAGCAUUCGUACGAGCGGAAGCGGGCGGAGAGGGAGUCGGGCGGCGGUGCGCGUGCAGUCAGCGCGGGAAGCAACCCCUGACGGCCCGCUCUUCCGCGCGCCCGCUCAGCAGAAGAGCCGCCUCCCGCCCGUGAACUCGCCGGGGGCGGGGGAGCGCCAGUUGCGCGCACUGGCGGAAGGGACGCGGCAGGGGGGUUUGGGGAGAUUCGGCAGGCGGAGUGAUGCGGGUGGGCGGGAGGUUUCCGCGGAUGACUACGCGGCAGUUGAGGCGUGGUGGUGGGGGGAGAGAAGCGCCAACGAGGAGCACACACGCGGAGAACGAUGGGCGGAAGAGGAGCGGGAGGACGGGGGAAGAAGGCGGAAGGAAGCCAGGGAGGGGGAGCAGCGGGCGACGAGAGGGGAUGAGAGUGGGGAUAGUCAAAAGAGAGAAGCUGAAAGGGGAAAGUUGAAAGUACGAGUGGGGGAUUGCUCGGGGGCGGUCAAGGGCGAUGGGUGGCGGGAAGAGGGGGCGCAGGGGCCGUUACGAGAGGGGGAGGUGCGCGGAACUCAAUCGCCUGUGGCGCGGCGGAAGGAUCGCACCAGCAGGCAGAGGAGCCUCCAGCCCGUUGACACUGAUGCUGACGUGGCACGGAGUAGAGGCGGGCGGGUUAGGGAGAGGGCGGGAGAUUCGGGGCAAGGGGAUGGGGCCAGAGAAACGUGCGGCGACGCAGGGGAGCAGGGAAGGCAGGCGGGGGGGCGAAGGGGGUGGGCGCGAGCUUUGCGCGCGGAUAGCUUUGAUACGCGGGGGAGUGGAUGGGGGGAAGAAGGCGCUGUGGGCGACGCGGCGCAGGGCAUGGUGGCGGAAGCAAGGGCGGGAGGGCGGUGGCUAGAGAAUUCUCCAGGGGGGUUUGGGGAUAGUGCGGACGAGGGGGCGGGGGAGUGUGAGAGGCGGGGAAGUGUAGGCGCACGGGAAGGCGGCGGUUGUGGCAGCUCGGAUCCUAGUUGCGGGGCAGGAGAGAGGGGAGCGGGUACGGGGGCGGGCGGCGCACGCAGUGGACCCGCCAUGCGCCCAAGGCAGCCCCGGCGCCACCAGCAGCAGGGGCGGGCAUCGCCGCCUCCCCACCGAUGCGCCUCGCGCAGGCUGCAGCCAGGGGAGGUGCGAUCGCUGGCGCGGCAGCUGCACUCCUCCGCGCGAUGCGUUGCUGACGUGGACGCCAUACUGGCUGCGGCUGUGGGCGAGAGAGGGGAGGCAGCUGGGGGAGGCGCAGAGGCAGAGGGGCGCGGGGAGGGCGGGGCGGGACCAGCAGCAGGACGGGGGGAGAGGGAUGACGGGGGUAAAGGGGCAGGGGGCGUGUGGGUGCGCAGUGGGGUGGUGGUGGCGGUGAUGCAGGCUCUGGCGGACUUGCACUCGUGGCGUGCUGCAAUGCUGCUGUGGCAGAGCUGGCGCGGGUCCCCAGCGUACCAGCGCAGUCCGCACGUGCUGUGCGCGCUGCUCGCCCUGCUCGCGCGCUGCAACCGCCUGCGCCACGCCCUCGCUGUGUUCCGCACCGUGCAGCGCGAGGAGAGUGCCCAGGGCGAGGGGGAGGGGAAGGGGGAGGGGGAGGGGGAGGGGGAGUGGGGACGCCAGCUUCGAGGGAAUGAGGGGGCAGGGGUGGGUGCGCGGGAGCAGGCGCAGGGCGGAGGCGGCAGCAGCAUAGACACAGCAGUGUACAACGCGGUGAUAUGUGCGUGUGGCAGGGCGGGCAGGGCGGACAUGGCAGUGGCGCUGCUCACAGAGAUGGUGGAGCGCUGCAGCCCUGCCAGCCCUGCCAGCCCUGGCACCAGCACUGCCAGCAGCAGCACCCAAGUAUCUGCUCACUCGACUGCCAGCACGAGCCAGAGUGGGCAGGGCAGCGGCAGCAGCAGAGUGGGCAGGCAGAGGCAUGAGUGCUGGCCGAGCGAGGCGACGUUUGGUGCGGUGAUGCACGCGCUGUGCAAGGCGGGGCGCGUGGGGGAUGCGGAGGCACUGCUGCCCGUGAUGGUGCGCAUGCACGUGCGCCCCAACGCCAUCAUCUUCAAUACCCUGCUCUCCGCCGCCUCUGCUGCCCUCACCCCGCCCGCUGCCGCUGCUACCACUACUUCCCUUGACCCCGCCAUUGAAAUCGGCCAAUGGGGAAGCAUCAGCAGCAGCAGCAGCAGCAGCAGCAGCAGUGGGGGUCUGCGGGACAGUGAUGCGCUGGGGCGGGUGCAGCGCGUGCUGGCAGCGAUGCGAGCAGCGGGCGUGGCGCCUACAGCUGCCACAGUGACAGCUGUCAUGGCCGCCCAUGCCGCCAGGGGUGAUGGUGGCGCCGUGCUGCAGCUGUGGGACGCUGUCACCAGGGGGGGCUGGGAACACGGGUAUGGGGCAGGGGGGGCUGGGGAAGGGGGAGGCAGGGAAGCAGCGAGCAAGGAGGGGAGCGAGGAGGGCGGAGAUGGGAUGCAGGACGGAUGGGGUGUGAGUGCAGCAGGCGCCCCUGCGGCAGGGGACACAUCGGCAGAAGCAGCAUGUGCAGCUGAUGCGGCAUCAGCAGAGCAGGCGCGGUGCAUGGUGCAUGAGAGGCAUGCAGCGGUGGUGCCAGACGCGCCGAUGGUGACGCUCGUGCUGGGUGCCAUGGCUCGCCUGCGCCUCGUGCCUGCUGCCGAGGCCCUCUGGGCCCUCGCUGAAGCUUCCCAGCCCUGUGUGGUGCAACAAACAGGUGGUGCUGGGGGAGAUGCAGGGGAGGGGCGGCAGGGAGGAGAGCGGAGUGCACAGGAGGCGGGGAUUGGGGAGGUAGAAGGGUAUGUGUGGCGGAGCAAGAGGGAAGGUAGGCGAGCGAGGGGGGAUGGUGGAGUUGCGAGGCGGGAGGGUGGUGACAGAAGGGGAGGGGAUUCUGGGGGGGAGAGUGAGUCAGGCGCGUGGCAGAGGAGCAGAGAGCAAGACAGGGAUGGUGGUGGGGGGGUGGGCAAGGCAGCCUGGGGCAGGUUGGAUGGCAUGGCAGCAGCAGCGAUGGUGGGCGUGUAUGUGGCGGCGGGUGAUGUCUACCAUGCCAUGCACUUCCUCCUCUCUGCUGCUGCUGCCCGCCUGCUGCCAACGCCUGCCAUGGCCCUUGCAUCGCUGCGUGCACCCACACAAGCACCGCUGCCACACUCACCUGCACCUGCCACAUCAGUUCCAUCCGCACUCUCGCCCUCCUCACCUGCCACUGCUGCACGGCCCGCCAUGUCCCCAACGCCGUUGAACAUGGUGCUGGCGGCGCUGCAGCAGGCAUCUCUGCUGCGCCACAUGGACGCGCUGCUGCUCUGUUACCUGCACUCGCCCUCGCCCGCCCUCACCCCCCCCCACCCCGCCUCUCUCGACUCUCCCCGUGCGGCACAGGCUGUGCCAGGGAUAGGUGGAGUGGGGCCACUCGACCCUGCUGCCGGCUCAUGCCUCCCCAUGCCUUCCCACCCACCCUGGGCUCGCCUGCCCUGGGAUUGCCCUCACUGCUUGCGCAGACGGGCAGCAAGAGCAGCAGUGCGGGGCUGGGGUAGAGGGGGCAACGGCUGGUUGGAGGAGUGGGAGGGGGAGUAUGGAGUGAGGGUGAGUGGUGGCGCGAGGCAGAGGAGUGGGGCGGCAGCACGAGGGACGCGAGUGGGAGAGGGUGGGGACGGGCACGGGGCAGUGGUUGGCGGUGCAGAGUGCUGCUGCUGCAGCAGCAGUGGCGUGGUGGUGAGCAAGGGCACGUGUGAGGUGAUGGCACAGGGGUACGGCAGGGCAGGCAUGCAUGAGCGAGCAGCAGCAGUGGUGCAAUACAUGGAGGAGCAGGGGUACAGGGUCGCCCCUCACCUCCUCGCCCUGCUGCCACGUGACUAG